CAGAGAUGAACGUAGCAGUGGGGUGGGGCAGAAAACUCUUGAUAAAAGCAGUGGUUCUUGCUUUACAUUUCUGCAGAAACCUGACAGUCGAGGAAACAGCAGUCUGAUCACAGACCAGAACAGAAUUAUGAAGUUUAACACCGCUUUGAGUGCUGUCGGUUUCAUCCUUCUCAUAACAGGUUCACUCAGCCAGUUAGAUGUUUGUGGUCGAGCCCCUCUCAGCAACAGGAUUGUUGGAGGAGAGGAUGUGACGGCAGGGUCUUGGCCGUGGCAAGUCAGCAUUCAUGUCACCGGCGUAAGCCAUAACUGUGGCGGGACUCUGAUCACCAAAGACUGGGUUUUAUCUGCAGCUCACUGCUUCCAGAAAAUUGAUGUGUCUAAGGUUGUGAUGUACUUCGGGCGUCUGAGACAAUUCGGCUCAAACCCUAAUGAGACGUCCAGGACAGCGAGUCGAAUCAUCAAUCAUCCUAACUAUAACGGUUCUACUUUUGACAACGACAUAGCACUGGUCCAGCUCAACUCUUCUGUGAAUUUCACUGAUUACAUUAAACCGGUCUGUCUGGCGGCAGCUGGUAGUGUAUUUUCUGCAGGUACAGAGAGCUGGGCCACUGGAUGGGGCAAGGUACAAUCUGACGACACCCAGCUUCCUAAUACACUGCAGCAGGUGAUGAUGCCCAUUGUGAGAAACAGUGACUGUGAUAAUGCUUAUAUAUUGAUCAACAGAAUCACAAGCAAUAUGAUUUGUGCUGGAUUUUUAAAUCAGCAAGAGAAAAGUGUCUGUCCGGGAGACUCUGGAGGUCCAGUGCUCAGUAGGAACGGUUCCCUGUGGAUUCAGUCUGGCAUUUCGAGUUUUACUUCAAAAAAAUGUGACGACCCCAAAUAUCCCAGUGUGUUCGCAAGAGUUUCUCGAUACCAGGACUGGAUAAAGUCUUACAUGGGAAACAACACACCUGGAUUUGUUGAAUUCAAUGUAUCAUCCAACUCCAACUUUGGAAGCGUACCCAACCUCCUCUUAUUUUCCCUUUCUCUCACAUUCUCCAUCAUUCCUUUCACCUUCUCCCUCUAUCUUGCUUCCUAAAGAUUGUUUAAACAGUACUUCUCAGGGUUCUUUGAUAAAGAGGACAGUUGUGCUGUACAUGCUGUCAGUUAUACUGCUGUUAAUUAUUCAGGGUCAUUGGUUGUUAAAUGUAAUUUUCUUUAAUCAAUUACCAUGUUGUAGUUAUAAUGGAUUAAGUGUAAUUUUAAUGAAUUUAAAAAUGAUUCAAAGAGACUAAAAUAUAUAAAAAAAAUUCUAAUCAGCAAAUCUGUUGCAUAAGAGGAAACUUAUGAAGAGCAUCAAACAGCCGAAGAACGCUUGUGGCGGGAGCAUGCUAAAAGCUGCAGAGUGACUUACAUUGUUCACUGCACUUUUUUUAAGUUAUUUGUUAGCAAUUUAGAUAUCAGUUAUAAAAAUAAACAUUAUAGUGGAUUUUAACAUAUGCACACUCCAAGAUCAAAUCUGUUCAUACACACGUUUUAUAAAUGAGGCCCACAAGCUUCACAGCAGACAGUCAAAGCAACAUUUUUUAAUGUACGUGUGGACCCAGAGGAAGAUCGUAAGGGCUUGGGGUUUCAUCUGAGACAGGGCCAAUGGUGAUGAUGAAAAUGAAAAGCAUCAUGAUGCAGUGCAUUCUGGGUGCUACCAUACUUAAAAACUCAUCCAUGACUCCCAGCAUGCACUGUGGCAAAUUAUGCAGCUGAACUAUCUGACUAGUUGCUUUUAUUUUUGCUGUUGUUUUGUUGUGUAUUUAGUUCCUUGUUUUGUGAUGUUCAGACUUUAUCUGUAAUGUUAACUGUCACCAUUGUUGAGAUUCACAUGAUUCCUGAUGUCUGUGUGUGUCUGAAUAAUUACACAUCAAUUUUAAGAUUUAAAGAUUAGAGUCUGAAAGAGAUGAGUGAAUCAGACCAGUAAAUGAUGAUUGUCAUCACCUGAUAACAUUUCUCUUGCCAUAACAAAUAUGUUUUAUAAACACAUAAUUACAACAGCCAGGGGGGAAAAAAACAAACUAAUGUAUAAGAGUCAAUUAUCAAGGGCCCAACUAAAGCAAGCACUGAUCGCCAUAAUGGUGAGGUAAAACUGUAUUAUUUUCAAUAAAACAUCAUCAUCUAAACCUCUGAUAAUUCUCAAUAAGAACUUUUGUCAGGUGUAGUUCUUGUGUUUCUGUUUGUCUCUACUCUUUUUUUCUGUUUGUUAUUUGUCCUUCAUUGAUUCUGCUUGUUAACAGCAGGUGUUCAUCAGUGUCUGAUUCAUUAAUUUGUUUUCAUUCACUCUUGAAAGUGGACUAUAUUAGUAAACAGUGAAUGAGGGUAGGGUGUGAUUUUGGACACAACUUCUUAGUGUCGACUUUGAACUCUGUUAAUACACAGUAUUCCUGUAGGCUACUUUCUCGAAGACAACAAAUAUUACUCAGAAUGCAUUGUUUUCUAUGGUAUUACUGGUUUAAUAAAAAACAGUAUGUUCCGGA